AGGAAAGUUAAGUUCACUCAAAAUGCAGUUUUCUACUGUAGCUUGCCUCGUUGGCGCCAUCAUCAGCGCUCCUAUAGCUCUUGUCAAUGCUGGGCCCGUUCCAGAGCCUUCGCUUGAAGCACGACAGGAGGAGACGUACUGCUGUGUUCCCGGUUGUUGGUGGUGCUCGAGGGGUGACUGUCUGCAUGGCGGUUGUACCGGAUUUUAUACCACUUGUUGUGCCGUAGGCUUCCGUAAAGCGGACGAGAAUGGAAACCUCCAGCUCUUCAGCACCAAUGGCCAACACAUGAAAUUCGUCGAUGAUCUGCAACAGGGCAAUGUUUCCGAUGCUUCCAGUGGUCAGGAGUAG